ACCCCACCCACUUCCGCUGUGCAGGUGAGCCGCUCAAACAGGAAACGGCAGGAGCGGAUUUUAUUUUCUCUCCUUUAUCUGAAGAACGUGGGGAUGUGUGGGUUUGACAGACAGAAGGGGCCUGGAAGGCUCAUGGCUAAAGGACUGACCCUGAUUGUUAUUGGUCACAUCAAUUUCAUCCUGGGCGCUAUCGUCCACGGUAGCAUUUUACGUCACAUCUCUAAACCAAGCGGCAAGAUUUCCACAGAAUACACAGUGUCCAACAUCAUAGCCGUCACCUCCGGCCUGCUGAGCAUCGCAAGUGGAAUUGUUGCAAUAUUGGUGUCUAGGAAUAUUACCAACUGGAAACUACACGUAGGUUUGUUGGUGAGUUCCUUCUUGAACACACUGCUUUCUACAGCCUGUUGCGUGGGAUUGCUGCUGGCCAUCAGCCUCACUAUUAAAGCAGACGGCAGUGCACUUAUGCAGGGCUGCAACUCCACAGGCAUGCCAAUUAACGCCCGCUCUCCCAUCAACGCCAACUGCCCAUUUGACACCACACGCAUUUAUGACACGACUCUGAGUCUAUGGUUCCCCUGCACAUUGCUUUCAGCUAUGGAGACAGGCCUGUCUGUGUGGUGUUUUAUAAUAGGUCUUACACUGAGAGGAAUUGGGCCAUGCGGUCACACCUACCUCAAAGAGCAGCUGGAAGAGGAGGCAUUGGCAUCCACAUCAAAGAGAGACCCAGAAUUUGUAGCUCCAAGCCAACGUCUUAUUGGACACCAUUCUUCUCAUGCAUAAAGAAGAAAAACAGUCAGAAGUCAAGAUGAUUUGCUGACGCUCUACAGCUCUGAGGUAAAAAUGCUGACUGUAGUCAGUUGAAGUCCAGGUUGCAUUUCCAUGAGCAUGUAUUAAGCUAGUCCAAGACUGAAUUGCAUUUCUAAUGGUGAUCCAUCACUGACAGCCCUUUGGUGUUUGGCUUAAUAUGGAUCCAGGAAACUCCUUUUAUGUAUUUAAGCUGAGACCCAGACAACAACAAAAAAACUGAACUAGAAACAGUUCUCGAUAAGAGCAACAUUCCUAAAUGACUGUUAAGAGUUUUUCAAUUGGAUAGCGAUUAAUUAUGCUGAUAUUUUUAUCAUUUGAGUUUUAUACUGUAUUUUUUUUUUCUGCAAUGCUUUGUACUACACUGUGUUAUAUUUGUGUAUAUCUGUGUGCUGAAAACACAAACAAUGGCUGUGACUGAAGUGGAUCUCUACUCCUUACUCCCAAUGAAAAACAAGUAUCUUUAUUUUUGUUGAUUUUUAGUCAACAAAAUUCCCUUACACUAUGUAACAAUUUCUUGAUGAAUGGACUAAUAGAAAUUAUUCAGAAUUACCUGAAAAAAAAAACAAUUUUUUCAUUGACUUCCAUUGAAAAUUAAGAUUUAUCUUUUACCUGUAAAGCUGCUGUUUUGGAGAUACAUAUUUUUCAUUAGACUUUACUAAGAAGUGGUAGAAUCGAUCCCCCAAUGUCAAAAAAGUUAAAUUACUCUGUACUUAUCUGCACUGUCUUCAUUUUCAUGCCAUAUCUAUCAGGGGCAGUGUAUAUUUUAUAUUCAGUUUAUAUUUAUAUGUGCCCAGUAUCAUUAAUUUUACUUAAUCAUUAAUCAUGCAGCUCUAGUAGAAACAUAAAUUAAUUUGGACCUUUUAUCAUUAUAUGAUGAAUCACUCAAACAAACAUAAGAGUGGCUAAGUGUACAGACACAAACUGUACAUACACAAACUAUAUUUUGAAUUGUGCUGUAAAUUUUUAAAUUUUAAAUUUUACUGAUAUGUUGCUGAGAAACUAUUAACAAAUUAGAUGAAAAAUAUUUUAAAUUCAUGCUGUGUGGAUGCUUGGAACUGUUGUAACUGUAUAUGUCAUCAUCAUUAGAUCAUUUCAUUGCAGUGUAUGCUGCUUAGUAACCAAGAAUGUCAUAAUGCAUUUUGGUCCACAUUUAGCCUCUGCAGUUCACUAGAAAUUAUAAGUACAUCGUUGAGACUGUAGUGCCUUCAAAAAUACAUUCGUAUUCCACUUUAAAAUUUACAGAAAUGACCGACAUCCUUAAUAGUGCCCCAAAUAGGGAUUCAUUAAGGUCACAGCUGAUAAAAAUAUCAGUUUUACAUUUUAAAUGUACAGUCAUAUUUCGGGGUAAAGCAGGUUUUAAUACAUCUGAUAACUGUAAAGAUAUAUAUACAGAACUGUACAGAAAUAACUGUUUUUUUCAUGUCAGAUCUGCACAAGUUAUCUUUACUAUGUUAAACAGUUAUCUGAAGUUUGUGCUAUUUAAUAUUAAUUUUAAAGACCAGUACACAUUCAGUAUACAUUUUUCAGCAUUUUGAUUUUAUUAAUUUUAUUUGCCAAUUCUUUUUAAAUGCUGCCAAUUUUCAAGUUAAAGUAUAAAUACACACUCUGGUUACUCUAAAUGUGUGUCUUUCUUUUAUAAUGACACUUAAUCUAUUCAGAUAUUUAGAUAUGCCAAAGAUGUAGACCACUCAAAGCUGUUAAUCAACAUGUAAUCAAAUGUACAAUCAGACAUCAGCUGGCCCAAAUGUCCUUCUGACAAAAUGAGUAGGAGAGUAAAGGGAGAUUAGUGAAGUGUGUGUGAUGGAAGAAAAGAGUGUGCGCUCUACAGAGCUAAACCUGGGCUGAGUUUACUGAUGCAGUGAAAAUCUCUCUUGCAGAGAUAAUCCCUUGUGCUGAAAGGGGAAAAAUAAAUAUUGACAUAAGCAUGUGACUGACACUGUCAAAACAACUAGUUUGUCUGAGUUGCCUGAUGCAUUUCAAAGCUCAUGGAGGUCUGCCCAUUUCCCCUAAAUAUGAAAUUUCAUUUGUGCACGUCAUUGUACUUGUUCAAUGCAAAUAUUGCUUUUUGCUGAUUGAGGUUGAUUUUAUUAAUAAUAAGCUGUAAUUAAUAACUACAUCUAAUAAAUUUAACAUUGUUACUACAUGCAUUUAUUAUGCAAAAAGUUAUAAUAAACUUUUUUUUCACUUUUUGA